GAUUAUUAACCAACCAAUAGGGGGGCGGCAGUUGUUGAGUCCAGGCACUACGCUGUCCAGCCUAGAGAGCACUGACCAUACCUGGCUUUACUCUUAUUUUAUCCCUCUCUUCUGUUAAUCCUUUUUGUUCCUCCACAUCAGACACAGGCCAGGCUGGUGGUUUGGAAAUGAAGUUGUGUCUUCUUCUUCUUUUUCUUUGUCUCUGCCAACUGGGACUGACUGAGGAGCCCAGUCCGACUCCAGGAGCUCCUGAGGUCUCUGGUCCAGUAGAUAAAAAAAAUGAGACGGAGGAGAGGGUUCACAGCUGUGGAGAAAGACAAGUGUUCAGCCCUGAGGAGAAUCGGGCGAUAGGAGGCGCCAUAGAGCGACUGGGUUUACAGCUUCUAGAAAAGCUACCUAUUGGUCCAAAGCAGCCAAAUGUCGUCCUAUCACCUCUCAGCCUGGCUUUUGCACUUGCACAUCUCACCUUAGGUGCUCGUAAUGAAACAGAGAAGCUGCUGCUGAAAAGCCUUCAUGCCCAAAGUCUGCCAUGUUACCAUCAUAUACUCGGAGGACUUGUACCUAAUUUCAGCAACAUGGAUGUGGCAUCACGCAUGUACCUGAGACCAGGAUUUGAAGUGAAAUUAUCUUUUGUUGAAGACUCUCUGGCCAGAUACCGAUCACAGCCCGUUCCCCUGACCUCUGUGGAGGAGGUCAAUCAUUGGGUGGGUAAUGCCACCAAUGGCCACAUCCCCAACUUCCUGGAAAGGAUUCCACAUAACGUGGUGCUUAUGCUCAUCAACGCUGUGUACUUCAAAGGUGAAUGGCAAACACGUUUUGACUCACAAGCAACCUCUAAGGGACUAUUCUACCUGGACAACCAGAACUCAGUGUCAGUAGACAUGAUGAAGUCUUCCCAGUACCCACUCCGCCUGAUGGAUGAUCCACAGCUGAAAGCACAGGUUGCCAGUUUUCCCUUCAAGGGAAACACCAGCUUCUUAAUCGUCAUGCCUUUGCUGGGAAGAGGAAACGUCUCAUCAUUGCUUCCCAAACUGAACAUCUCUGACCUUUACAGACGUCUACCUCAGGAGAAAACAAUACAAGUCAACUUACCCAAGGUGAAGCUGCAGUACCGCCAGGAGCUCCAGGAAGCGCUCACCAGCAUGGGUCUCGGCUCUUUGUUUUCCGGUCCUGACCUCUCUGGGAUCUCCGACCAUCCUCUGAAGGUAACGGAUGUUCGCCAUGCCAGCACCAUCGAACUAAGCGAGGAAGGCGCGGAGGCAUCUGCCACCACUGCUAUAACCUCCAUGCGCUCCAUCUCCCUCUUCUCCGUUAACUCCCCCUUCCUCUUUGCGCUGGUUGAUGAGGCCUCCCACACCCCGCUCUUCAUGGGCAUUGUCACAAACCCCGCCCCCGACAACGACCCCAUGCUCAAUGAUGAUCCCCACAUUAACAGCACCAUGGGCGACCAACCCGCAAUGGAGAGCGUAAGGAAAAGUGACAUAAAUAGUGAACUGACGUCAUGCAGUGACACAGAGCAGGCAGAGGGCAGCAGCAGGCAGUCAUGCAGCACCCCCACUGGUGAAAAGGAGCAGCUGCAGCCUGUAAAUGGACUGGAGGGCAGCAGUGGGAAGAAGAAGACACAAGGAAAUGAAACCUACACCAAACCAGACAACUCUGUACCUGAUGUUUGAAAUCUUACUUGUAAAAGGAAUAAUUAAACAUUUUCAGAUAUG